AAAUUCUCCUCGACUGCAACAUUGCACCCGUCAAUUAACCACUCAUUUUCUGCUUCUUGCUUCGUCGUCUAGCCUUUACUUACCCACACGAACGUACUUUGCAUCCAUCCACCAUGGCUGACGACGCACAGCAUGAGCACACCUUUGAGAGCGCCGACGCCGGUGCCUCGGCCACGUACCCGAUGCAGUGCUCUGCUCUCCGCAAGAACGGCUUCGUCGUGAUCAAGAACCGUCCCUGCAAGAUUGUGGAAAUGUCCACGUCCAAGACUGGCAAGCACGGCCACGCCAAAGUCCACUUGGUCGCAAUCGAUAUCUUCACAGGCAAGAAGCUCGAAGAUCUCUGCCCAUCUACCCACAACAUGGACGUUCCCAACGUCCGCCGCCAGGAGUAUCAGCUUCUCGAUGUCACUGACGACGGCUUCCUCUCCCUCAUGCACGACGAUGGCUCCACCAAGGACGACGUCAAGGUUCCAGAGGGCGAGGUCGGCGACAAGAUCAGGAAGCUUUUCCAGGAGGAGGGCAAGGACACCAACGUUAUUGUCCUCACUGCCAUGGGCGAGGAGGCUGCCAUCGACGCUAAGGAGGCUCCAAAAUAAUCAAAAGCCUGAUGUAGAGCUUCACCUCCCGAGCUCUUUGCCUCGGAUCUUGCAACAUGCUGUCAAUGUAUGAAGAGUGAUCCAGAAAGGGCCAGGACGUGAGAAGCCAUGUCUGAUGAUAAAUGAUGUCUGGUUUACGGGUGGUCGGAAACACUUCGACUUGAAAAUGGGCGUUGGGUCACGCCAGCACAACGUAUCUAGAGAAACCCCAUAGCUCACUAUGCUGCAAAAAUUCAAGACAUGCAUGUGUUGUAA